ACAGACGCGAGGGUGUCGUGCCUGACUUGUUCGCUUCCUUUAUCCACAUUUGUCACACCACUUACUAUGUCCAAGACACAGUCAAAGAAAAGGGAGUCCUCCUGCAGCAGAGUGUCUUUGUCCGGCAAACACGCAGCAGCAGCGUCCCUUGUUGCUACUUCCUCUGAGAGUCUGGGAGGAAGAGGAGGAGGAAGAGGAGGAGGAAGUGGUGUUUGGAGGAGCAAAUUCCUCAUUUGGCCUGAGUGGAACGAUGCAGAAGUCAACAAGGAGAAAUGGGACUCCAGUAAAGGAGCUGAAGAUGCAAAGACAAGCAAGAGUCCCAAUUCUCCUUUUUUUGAAGAUCCUGAGGGAAAAAUGUCUCUGCCUCCAUCUUUAAAAGUCCACUCCUGGAAACGUCCUUCAGAGUUCAUUGUCGAUAAGCAACCCGUCAUCGUUGAAAAUCAAACGACAUUCAACCUUAUCUCCCCAAACCAUCAUCUCAUUUGCAGUGAGCUGAUGAGGUGGAUCAUCAGUGAAAUCUGUAUUGUGUGGACGCUGCAUAGCAGUACAUCGACAGAACAAGACGGUUUGAAACCUUGGGAGCACAUCUACGCGCUGUGUAAGGUGGCGAAAGGUCACGUACCACUCUACAACAACUAUGGGAAAUACUUGGUCAAGCUCUACUGGAUGGGUUGUUGGAGGAAGAUAAUAGUCGAUGACUACAUGCCAUUUGAUGAAGAAAAUAACCUCCUCCUCCCUGCCUCCACCUGUCAGACAGAGCUGUGGCCGAUGUUAUUGGCUAAGGCUCUCAUUAAAGUGGCCAACACAAAUGCAGUGUCAGACAGCUGUGGAGAGAUGGGUGACUUCACUUUUAUCCACACCCUCACCGGCUGGAUCCCAGAAAUCAGGCCUGUAAAGGCUGCAGAUCUUGGAAAAAUCUGGGAUUUCUUACAAGACACCGUUCCCAUAUUUACACACCUGGAUACGAGUUUGCCUGAGACAAUGCCGCAGACUGAAGAUCCAGCCUCAGGGAGAGAUUCCAGCAAGAGCCAGUAUCCUGAGCAAGAGAAAAGUGCCAUGGAGGUUGUGGUGUGUGCCAGCUACUACCCUUUUCAGCCACGGGACAGUUCCUUUGGGUUUGGCUAUAUGGCCAAUUCCUCAGAGGUUCUGCGACAGUAUGGUCUCUCAUUGCUCUACAGCCACAUUGCCUUGUUGACCAGAACCCGAUCAUGUCAGCUGGAGGCACCACCGCAACCUCCACCUGUGCCACAAUGGAAACUCAUUCGCCAGCGCAAGGAGACUGUGAUCACUGAUGAACCACGGAAGCUUCCUUUGUCAAAACCAGAGCGGUUCAUUGAGGUUGCCAGCCCUUUUCUCUCCUACUGCAUCAGGAGCAGCGUUGGCUUGAUCCCAGAGCUCGAGGCCAAACAGAGUGCUCAGAAGCGUUCCAACGGAUCCCCUCUGGUGUCCAUCACUGAGAAAGAGGAGACUGAUUGCCGACAAGGCCAGGAGCCUGCCGCAGCUGAACCCCUCAACGAGACUACAAACGGCACUGAUGAAAUAAAGGUUACUGCAGAGGACAGGAAGAAGGACGAUGAUGACAUCUCCAGUGAUGGGCAGAAAUCUGCAACAGUGGAGCCUGUCACUGAGGAAACGUCAGUUCCUGUUGAACCUUUAUUACAGAAGACCUGGGUAGAGCUGGAUGACUUCGCUAAAUGCUUUCAGACUCUGGUGGUGUUCCAUAAACCACAAAUCUACCCACAUCACAGCCAUAAAUCUCAUUUUAAGAGCACCAUGUCCAAAACUGCAGCAAGUAGCAGCAGCACAGGAUCGUCUACCCACUCUCUUAGCGUUGGAUCGCUCCAUGUGAUAUCUGCUGUUGCAAACACUGAAUGUCCAGAGGUGAGAGGCACUUAUUACCUGUGUUUGGACAGCAUGCAGCCUUCCCAGAUCCUCAUAAGCUUCUCAGUUCUGCUUGUCUGGGGAGAUGCGGCCGAAGAGAAAAAGGAAAUAUCAGCAGCGUGUAGGGCUGCAGUUCUCACAGCACAGCCACACUCCUGGAAGAGUGUGCAUUCUCAGCUACCUGUUCUCAUCAUCAAGACCACAUCCUCCAAAGCUGCCAUGCUUAGUUUACCUCCAGGGCGCCAUGUGUUGUCCUUCCACACAAAGGCAGCGCUGGACUACCAUGUCCACCUGUGCAGCAAGACACCUUUUGUUUUUGGGGAUGAAGAAACUGUUAUGUCACAGCUUACCAAGGAGAGUGCUCGUUUUACUGAGCAGGCUUUAUCCAUUUUGCAAGCCCUAACCAGAGUGGUGACUUCCUUUAGCGAUGAGCACAAUCAGCCAUUGGCCAGAAGAGCCCUAAAAGAAGCUCAUUGUGCCCAAAACAUCAACACUGCCCUGGGGAAAUGGAAACACCAAAAGGUAUUUAACUCUGCAGUUUAUCACAUGCUGUGUGAGUCUCUGGGCAGGAAACUUACAGCAGAGGAGCGAUUUGCUCUACUGGCCCUCACUGCUGACCCUUCUCUCUUGAACAGUGGCUUCAAGAAAGGUUCUCCUGCAUAUGCAGAGCCAAAGCUUCCUGAAAACUGGAGAGACAGGCAGCCUUCAGAUGUGGAGGUCAAGGCAGUCACCAUCCUCCAAGCUGGAUUUAGAAGGCACUUGGUGCGAGAAAUCCUGACAGCUUCAAAACCAGGCACGGAGGAGAACCUCAGGACUUCGAAGGUCCUUUUCGACAUGUGGUCAAAGGUUGAAACGGAUGCUGACAAACACGCCAUCUUUUUACUAAGGUAUGUUAUUGAAAACCACUUGGAGAAGGAAGCAAAUCUCUAUCCCUGUCAGCAGGAUGAAUGGACCAAGAUCACCUUUGCCGAUUACUCCGUCUCUCUUCAAGACACAGCCAACUCCUGGGUCUUGGUUUUUAGAGAGGUAUUCCUGGUUCCCGAGGAGAUGCUAGUGGUACCAAAGGUCUACUCCCCAAUCCCCAAUUGUCUGCUGCAUGUAAUAAAUAAUGACACAGGGGAGGAGCUGGACAUGGUCUUCAACAAACUAGUACCCAAUGUCUAUCAACCCAACAAGCUUGGUUAUACCUUCAUAGCAGAGGCUAUCAUCCCUGAGUCACUGCCUGUUGGUGCCAAGUGGAGGAUGCGCUUGAUCAGCUCAAGAGAACCUCUUCCAAAAUUGUCCCGUGACGUUCCACUCAACAAAUUCUCUGUAAAGGAAUUCCAGGAUUAUUACAUUCCCAAUGAGAAAUACGUCAUAUGCCGUUACUUUGUCCAGGUAACAACAGACGUCCAAGGAACAAUUCAGUUUCAGACUUCGACGUCAGAUGUACUGAUAAGUCUGUCAAUACUUGACCAGGAGAAGAAGGUGGUCAGCAACACUGGGAAAGGCCAUGUCGUGAUUCCUGUGUUCUGUUUUCUGGCCAACAAAGCAUUUAGUUACACAGAUGAGAUGAGCCAGAAGCAGAAUGGAUACACAAACCAGAGCAACGGAGUAAAGGAUCAUAAGUACGUGGUGCAGGCAGAGGUGCUGUAUAAGAGCUGGAACUUGAAUGGAUCUCAGCUGGAUUUUGUCCACACACUCCGAGACAUGGAGAAGAAUGAAAUGAGAGUGCACAAGUUGGAGGAUUCAAAGCCGUCAUCCACUGCUGGUCCACCCAAAAGCAACCGCAAAGGUGAAGGUGACAAGGACAAGGACAAGGACAAGGAGAAACCAGCUGCCGUGUCCAAAUCUGGCUCCAGACAGGAAAAGAGCCUUGACCUGACUAAGCCACACUGGACGCUGCGUGUGGUCAGUGACAAGAGUAAAGCGGAGAGCAUCGAGGUGAAGAAGGACACGGAGAGAGUGGAGGAGAUUAAAUCCAUUAAAAAUGCUUGGGAAAUCGCUGAGCCAGGUCGCAGUGCCAAGGCUCUACAGUCUCGUCUUCAGUUUCUUAACCAAAUCCAACAACAAGGAAGUGCAAAAACCAGUGAGCAAGCUGCGUCCACAUCUGGUCCUGACACGUCUACAUCCAAUCAGAAACUGACUGAUCACGCCCCCACCUUUCCAAACAUGGACUUCACACACUUAAUCAGACGCCAAAAGGAUGUGCCAGUGGUGAUGGACUCACAGCUGGAGGAGAUCCGGCAAAGGGAGCGCGUAGAAAAGAUCCAGAGCUACCGUUUGGUCGGAGACAUUAUACUGGAACAGCAGAAACAGCAGGAGCUCAACAGGAAGGAGCUCAUGAGACAGCAGCUGGAGACAUGGGAGGACAUACAGGCAGCCCAACGGCAGCGCUAUGAGACUCUGCUCGGCGCUUAUGAGGCAUUUUGCAGCCGCGAGAUGGAAGCCGAGAAAAAAGAACAAGAGGAGAAACAAGCUCUGGGGGAGGCCCAGCAAGCGGUUUGAGAAAAAUCAACCCCCACCUCUGCUGCCAGCCAGCAGACCAACAAAUGUGCCAAGAGAGCUGGCAAGAAGGAAUGAUGGUCAUUGGCACCAACUUUUCUGUCUCAGUUUUCCUCUUAACAAGUCUGCUUGAACACUGAAGGAUCUUCCUUUAAUCACAACAACGUGGCUUGUAGUUGAUGCAAC